GUUCCUCAGAAGACGAUGAGGUCAUUCAAGAAGGUCUCCUCAGGCCCAGCAGGGGCGAGUAAAGGUGGAGACGAGCCCGGGAAGUUGCCGGAGCAGGAAGAGGAGGAAUCCCAGGUUUUGCACGGAACAGGCCAUUGCAAGUGGUUCAAUGUGCGAAUGGGAUUCGGGUUCAUCUCCAUGAUCAACCGGGAAGGAAACCCUUUGGAGUCUCCAGUUGAUGUUUUUGUACACCAAAGCAAGCUUUACAUGGAAGGAUUUAGAAGCCUAAAGGAAGGCGAACCAGUGGAAUUUACUUUUAAGAAAUCUUCCAAAGGCCUUGAAUCAAUACGGGUAACAGGCCCUGGUGGGAGCCCCUGUUUAGGAAGUGAGAGACGACCCAAAGGGAAGACAGUACAGAAAAGAAAACCAAAGGGAGAUAGAUGCUACAACUGUGGUGGCCUUGAUCAUCAUGCUAAGGAAUGUAGUUUACCUCCACAGCCAAAGAAGUGCCAUUACUGUCAGAGCAUCAUGCACAUGGUGGCUAACUGCCCUCAUAAAACUGUUUCACAACAGCCCACUAGUUCUCAGGGAAGAUAUGAAGCAGAACCACAGCCUUCCACUUCUGCUUUCCUGAGAGAAGGGGGAGGGGCUUACUGCCAUUCAUCUCCAUCAUAUUCUCAGGAGGGAAGGUCAGAGAUCUUAGAACGUUCAGGCAGGUCACCACAAGAACCUUCCUCCAGUAAGUUAUCUGCAUCACCUGAAGAACAAAGCAGAAAGGGGCCUUCUGUUCAAAAAAGGAAAAAAACUUAGAGCUU